UGUGUGUGUGUGUGCGCAUUUGCAUGUGCAUGUGUGUAUGCCAAUAGAUUGUCUUAAAUUUCCAUUAUUCAUAUGUAAGUAAUGCUACCAAUAUGUUGCAGCAGCGACAUAUGUGAGGUGAUGCAGAACGUGACCAUGUGCCCGCUGUGUGACCUCCACUGCCAGCACUGGAAGCUGGCGAAGGCGUGCCAGCCCGCCAGACUCACUUACCUCGUAGACAACCCGGCCACCAUCUUCUUCACCGCCUUUAUGGCCCUGUGGGCGAGGAUCUUCCUGAAGCUGUGGAAGCGCUACUCGGCGGAGAUCACCCGGCGCUGGGACGCGGCGGACUUUGACAUGAAGGAGACGGCUCCCCGACCUGCUUUCUUGGCCUACAUGACGCGGACUGACUCUGGUUCCAACUCUCUCUCUGACACCUCAGAGCUCCGACUACCCUUCUGCAGCACCAGGCUCCCCAGGUUCAUCGUCAGCGUCUCUACGGUCCUCCUCCUGGUGGUGAUAGCCAUCGGUGCCGUGAUGGGCGUGAUCAUCUACAGGAUGUCGGUGUUUGCAUCCCCGCUGUUCGCAUCCCAAGACCCUUUCGUGUUCUCCUCCGUGACCGCCUCGCUCAUCAAUCUCGUCUGCAUCACCCUCAUCAAUGAGAUAUACACCCGAGUGGCCGUUACACUCACAGAGUGGGAGCUUCACAGGACUCAAGCACAGCAUGACGACUCUCUUACCCUCAAGAUGUACCUCCUGCAGUUCGUCAACUACUACUCAUCCAUUUUCUACGUUGCCUUCUUUAAGGGCCGGUGGGCGGGCUACCCUGGCGCCUACAACCACGUCCUCGGCUACAGACAGGAGGAGUGUGGUCCUGGAGGCUGCCUGAUGGAAUUGACGGUACAGCUGGCCACCAUAAUGAUAGGGAGACAAGCCAUCAACGCUUGUAUAGAGAUGGGUCUUCCUAUUCUUCGUAGAUGGUGCAACAGGAUGACUCUCCACUCCCCCAGGCAGCCCUAUGACCCCUGCUGGCCCCAGUGGGCCAAGGACUUCUACCUCAUGCCCUUUGACGCACGUAGUCUCUUUUAUGAGUACUUGGAAAUGGUAUUGCAGUUUGGGUUCGUCACCAUCUUCGUGGCGUCAUUUCCGCUGGCUCCACUCUUCGCUCUGGUCAACAAUAUGCUGGAGACGCGUCUCGACGCCCGCAAGUUUGUCACCUUCUACAGGAGGCCGGCGCCCCUCCGUGUCAAUGACAUCGGCGUCUGGUUCCACAUCAUGGACACCGUCAGCAAGCUGGCCGUUGUUUCCAAUAGUUUCAUCAUUGCUUUCACCUCCAACUUCAUCCCGGAGACGGUGUACCGAUACACAGUCUCCAGCAAUGGCUCCCUGGAAGGGUAUGUCGAGGACUCUCUCGCCACCUUCACACUCCCUCGCUCCAACCACACUACCGACCUCCUGCAAUGUAGGUACCGGGCGUACCUGGUGGCCAGCGAAGAACUGGGAACGUACGAGUACACCCCCUUGUACUGGAGGAUCCUUACUGCCAGACUUGCCUUUAUUGUCAUAUUCCAGAACCUGGUGCUGAGCAUAACCACGAUGGUGGACUGGAUCAUCGCUGACGUGCCGGAUGCUCUUAAGGAACAAAUUAAAAAGGAAUAUCACAUCACAAAUAGAUUAAUAAUGGAGCACGAAUGUCAAACAGGCCCAGGGUGGGCUGGGCCGUCCCAUGAUGCAAUCCACCAGCCCACACAGGAAAGGGAAGGUCGUCCCCACCCAGCCCACCACCCCCUCACUCAGUCCACUCGACGUAGGCGUGACUUGGCCAGCAAUGGUAGCGACAACACUUCCGUUGAAACACUAGUGUGAAUAAACAGGAACACACUGGUGACAUGGUUGUACAGAAACACUAGAGUGAAUACACAGGUACACACUGGUGACAUAACUGUACAGAAACACUAGUGAGAAUACACAGGUACACACUGGUGACAUAAUUGUACAGAAACACUAGUGAGAAUACAAAGGUACACACUGGUGACAUGGUUGUACAGAAACACUAUGUAAGUGUACUAAUUUAGGUACACAUACAUAAAUUAGUACAUUAAAGUUGUAGAGUAGUAAAUUAAAGUUGUUUCCUUGGUGCCUACUACUACUACUACUAAUUUAGGUAAGUGUACUAAUUUAUGUAAGGUACUUAUUUACGUAAAUGAACUAAUUUAUGUAAGGAACUAAUUUAUGUAAGGUACUAAUUUAUGUAAGGUACUAAUUUAUGUAAGGUACUAAUUUAUGUAAGUGAACUAAUUUAUGUAUGGUACUAAUUUAUGUAAGUUCACUAAUUUAUGUAAGUGCACUAAUUUAUGUAAGUGCACUAAUUUAUGUAAGUGCACUAAUUUAUGUAAGGUAUUAAUUUACAUAAGUUACUAAUUUAUGUUAGUUACUAGUAUACAUAAGGAAAGAUAUAUUUAUGUAAGUGUACUAAUUUAUGAAGGUGUACUCAUUUGUGUAAGUAUACUAAUUUAUGAAGGUGUACUCAUUUAUGUAAGUAUACUAAUUUAUGAAGGUGUACUCAUUUAUGUAAGUAUACUAAUUUAUGAAGGUGUACUCAUUAAUGUAAGUAUACUAAUUUAUGAAGGUGUACUCAUUUAUAUAAGUAUACUAAUUUAUGUAAUGUACUAAUAUAUGUAAGUGAACUAAUUUAUGCAAGGUACUAAUUUAUGUAUGGGUACUAAUUUAUGUAAUUGUACUAAUUUAUGCAAAAUACUAAUUUAUGUAUCGUACUAAUUUAUGUAAAGUACUAAUUUAUGUAAGUGUACUGAUUUAAGUAAGUGUACUAAUUUAUGUAAGGUACUAAUUUAUGUAGGUGUACUAAUUUAUGUAAAUUUACUAAUUUAUGUAAGUGUAUUAAUUUAUGAAAGGUACUAAUUUAUGAAAGGUACUAAUUUAUGUAAAUGUACUAAUUUAUGUAAGCUACAAAUUUAUGUAAGUGUAGUAAUUUAUAUAAGGUGCUAAUAUAUGUAAUGAACUAAUUUAUGUAAGGUACUAAUUUAUGUAAAUGUACUAAUUUAUAUAGGGUAUUAAUUUAUGUAAGUACUAAUAUAUGUAAGUGUACUAAUUUAUGUAAGUGAACUAACUUAUGUGAGUGUACUAAUUUAUGUAUAUGAACUAAUUAAUAUAAGAUAACUAAUUUAUGUAAGUGAACUAAUUUAUCGGAGUGAUCUAAUUUAUGUAAGAUUACUCAUUUAUGUUCGGUACUAAUUUAUGUUAGUUUACUAAUUUAUGUUCGGUACUAAUUUAUGUAAGCAUUUUAUUGGGUGUUUUGUAAUUUAUGCAAUUUUACUAAUUGAAGUAAGUGUACUAAUAUAAGUGUUCUAACUUAUGUAAGUGUACUUAUUUAUGUAAGUGUAUUAAUUUGUGGAAGUGUACUAAUUUAAGUAAGUUUGCACUGAUUAAUAAAGUGUAUAAAUAUA